AACAAUAUGGAGCGAAAAUAUAAUAGUUAUAAUUAUAACCAGAAUUUUUAAAGGGGUAGACCGAUAAGCCAACGGAAGACCUCGGUCAGAUGACCAUAAGCUCCAUGUGUGGGUCAUUAUAUGACCAAGACUCACCUCGGGAAACACUUUUCCUGUUUCCUGAUAAAUCUUACCUAGGAAUACGGCUCCAGUUGUAUUGCCCUAUAAACCCCCAACAAACAGUGAAAAAAAAAAAAAAGAGGAAAAGAUAACUCUUGCAACGUCCUAGUUUAUUUUCCUUUUCACUUUGAAAAGGAGAGGUCUCCCUGAUCAUUUUCAAAGGUAUAGACGAGAUGAGCUUUAUUCAGUUUAAAUACCGGGAAGCAACUUGGAAGUAAACUGUAUCAUCAAGGCUGGAAGAAACCUUGUAGUAAACUGUACAUAUCAUGAAGAAGAAACCUCAUAGUAAACUGCAGACAUUGUGAAGUUCAAAUGUCACGACGCUUUGUAGCAGUGUUGAGCCCUUGCCGCCGGAAGGUCGGCAUUGUGGCAUCUACGUAUCGAGACUUUCUGAAAAAGUGCCGAGCUAAGUUUACAUUGAAGAAGGAGAAGGCACUCAUUGUGACUUUAGAGGAUGGCACGGAAAUUGAUGAAGAGUAUUUUGAAUUUCUCGACAGUGAUACAGAGCUACAUGUGUCAUCAAUGGAGGAAUAUAAAAUACCAGAUUUUAUCAAUCAGUUGGCAGUCUUCCUUCAUGAUUGUCUAAAACAGCAGCCAAAAAUUCAUGACAAAGUCUUGGAGCUUUUGCAAGAGGCCUUAAGCUCCACCAAUGCAAGAGCACUCCUAGAACUUCUUGCUGAAUUUUCUGAUUUAUCUUCAGUGAGUUCCAGAGAGAGUGAUACUGAGUGGUUCAAAGGACUGAAUACAAAGUUUAAGACAAAAGAAUCCGUCAUGAGAAACAGCGCUGAAACAAGGGUUCGAGGUUACCUGGACAAUACAAAACGAGAACUUAUUUCUGAUAACCCACCAGAAGAUUCACCUUGUAGACAAGUUAUUGCAUUCUUCAAGCAGCAGUUGUCUAACUGCAGGUACAAUGCCAAAUAUUUUGACCGCACAGCUGAACCUCACGAACGUUUGUGCGAUGCCCAGGGGCUCUUCAAAUGUGAGGGACCAUAUGAUGAGGAGAACUGUCCAGGAAUCCAUUUUAUUAAUCCAUAUACAUCAAGAGAAGCAAGGAUCAUCUUUUCUACCUGGAAUCUGGAUCAUGUAAUUGAAAAAUCAAGGACAGUUUUACCUACACUAAAAGCUGCACUUUCUGGAUCAAGAUCAUCAGAAGUUAACCUCUCCUAUUUUCAUAAUUUACUCUUCUGUCAUAAAACUGGUACAAACAAAAAUUCCAGUGGCAAUCUAAAGCUGGUCCAUAUUGCUUGUCACGUCAAGAAACCUCACCAACUAGAGUGUGAGCCUAGACAAAUAUAUAUGUGCAAAAAGACUUCGCAUUCCUCUGAUGCUGUUGAUGGAUUACAGUUGCUAGAACAGCAUUCCCUGCACCCCAUGAUCACUCGAUACAAGUGGAAGAGGCAGCACUGCUAUGUGGACCAAUUCACAAGUGAGAGACCUCAUGUGACUAAAAGACAAAAGGUUUGAUUAUUAUGUUCAUGGGAAGUGCUUAACCCAUAAGAGUCAUAUAGUGCCUGGGGAAUGGGAGGUAAUCAGUUUGAUCCAAGGAAUCAAGAGCCAUUCACUGGCAUCAGUGCAAAAUCCUUCUUUAAAGUUGUAGACUCUUGGGAUUCUGAGGGGAAAAUUAAAGUGAGUAUAUGUCUGGACUAACAUUACUGAAAAUUUUUGGAAUGUACACUAUUAAACAAGCAGAUUGCAAUUAGGUCAAGGUAUGGGAUGAAAUUAAAGUAGCUCCUUGAGCAAAAAUUAGCAAAGCUUUAAACUGGAAUUAAAAAUAAUGACUGAUGUACCAUCAGAAUAUGGCAGGAGGACUUGAAUGAAUCCAGGGAAUGUAUAAGAAUGCUGGAGAAGAUAAAAUAUGGCAGAUAUAACAACAAACUUAAGAUGUUGGUGCUGGAGAUCAAGGUUAGCUGAUGUGAAAAUUGUUAGGGUGGAUUCUACAGAUAGAGAAUGUGAGUGAAAAAUAUAUUUGUGAAAAAUCAUUUAAAAUAUAAAAGGCAUUUGGAAGAAUUGAGUGCCCUUAUAAAUACAAUUUGUCUAGUCAGAUCCCAUUUACUUGGGUUAAGUUCCUAGAGGCCCUGUUCUCUGAUCACAUAAUUCUUUGUCGAGUCUGUUACAUUUUUUUAUGUCUCCAACUUCAUUAGGUAAUCACUUCCAAUAGCACAUGUAAAUAUC